AUGCUGGACUGUGCUACGUCUGCCCACAUUCAAGGAAACAGCCGAAGCUUCGAGCUUGCGUUGACAGCAGCACGUACUUGUAUGGAUCAGGGACACUUGGAUCUGAGCCAGAAGAUCAUCGGUGUAGCUGCUACUCGCUUGAACGAUAUGUCUAAAAACCAGAGCGACCACUACAGAGCAAAAGAAGAAGCCUACAUGACGGAAUACUACAUGCUGCGUGUCUACUUGUCCUGGCUGCAAGGAAGACCUGAUAUUGCAGAGCAUUUAUUCUCCAAGGUCCCGCAAGCGAGCCGAGGCGGACAUCAAGAGACAAUUAUGGAUAUCUGCUAUCAAGUUGGGGCACAGGCAAUCUCACGUCCGCGGCCUGAUGUGGCAGCUCGAUGGCUUGAAAGAGCUUUGAACUCAAGCGAGCUUCUUCAGGUGGAAACCCAACAAGCAAACCUGGGUCUGAAGGAUAAGAAGCUCCGGGUUUUGGUCGCUUUCGCCUGGGCCGGUCUUCAUCUUGAUACAGUAGACGCAAAGCAUGGCCUUGACAGAGCAGUAAUGUGCUUUAAAAGUGAAUACGAUGAUGCUUUUGAAGCUCAAGUUCUUCAACUCGAGAUUCUCAGCAAGGAGAACAUUGCCGACUACGAUGAAUAUGCUGAAAUCCUCCGACGCGCCAUUGCCGUUCUGGAGCUCAACGAUGCUGAUCUUAAGACACAUAUCCCUCAAGACCUAUACCAUAAAAAGAUCGGAACCAAAGACCGAGCCUUCAUGUAUCUCCUCGCCGAGUACAUCAAAUCCAACAAAUUGAUAGUCGAGGCCCGUGAUCAUACUCCCUCAUCAGCGAAGGUCUACAAGCAAAUCCGCCAAUCCGUCCAGCGCUUCGAAACCUACCUUCAAGGUCAUCUUGAUACAUACAGCACCACACCCGAAGGGGAGGCAUGGAUGCAUAAACACCGUCUCCUGCUCGCCUUGGACUUCGAAGCAGCGAUCAAUCUCAAACAAUGGGACAACGUCCCGAGCAUAAUCGAGAGAGCCAGCAAUAUGCUCGACGACCAGCUCUGCUCAGUAUUCCUAGACUGCAUCCUCUGCUCUGGGGCGCCAGCUCCCAACAUCGCACAGGUCGUCAAGGACAUAAUCUGCAUCUUCCACUCCUCGCCGUCUCCAUCCUUCAGCGCUGGGGUCUUCCACCAGAAACUCCCCCGGUAUCUACGGUGCCUGUUUCAAAUAGCCCUAGAGGCGGCAGACUACUCGUUGGCAGAGUCAGUCCUCCACCAAGCUAUCGCUCUAGCUCAGGAUGGCUCAGCGGACACAGACUUGCCGUUUGUGUAUCCGAGCGAUGAGCUCAAAUGGCUCUCAACCAUGGCUUUUAAUAGAGCGGUCGAUUUAUAUAUUGCCUCGGCUGAUGAGGAGUGUCGAGAAUGGGGAGAGAUUGCGUUCACACUGGCUGAUUUGAUUAAGGAUGAUGGCGGUGCGCUGCUGAGAAUGCUGCGGCAAAACUACGCCAAACUUAUGUGA